CCCGAAUCUCUAUGGAUCAACUUUCUACUCGUGUUUUGUUAUUUUUCCAGUCUUCGAUGGCCGAUGAGGUGCUGCAGGAUAAUCCCGCAUUGGAAACACCUGCACCGGAUAAUAUUCAUCACGAUGAUGACGCACCUCCGUCAAAACGACGCAAGAUACCCCUGGCUUGUAGCACAUGUCGUGACAAGAAGUCACGUUGCGAUGGGAAACGACCUACAUGCUCUGCUUGUGCGAAGAGGAAAACGGCAACAAAGUGUGAAUAUGAAGAGAGUACAUUGAAGACACAAAGAGAUAUUGCUAUUUUGGAAAGUCGAGUCCGGGAAUUGGAGGGUAUCAAAACUUCAAGCAUUUUUGAGCAUGAAGAACCAACAGUUCGGCUGCAACAUGGCAAUUUUCUUCAGGAAAAUACUCGUCCACGUGAUGGCCUUCCUCUCGAUGUGGUACUACAUCAUCCCCGGAAAUGUUCAGAAGAAGACGCCAAUCUAAAGUCAAUGACACACAUCACUUCGGAUUUAAAUGAUGCACUCGCCAUUGUUCCCUUAGACGCGGAUGGCGCACAUCUUUUCGGAACAACAUCCAGCGCCUCCUUCUUACACUCUCUCAAGAAGACCAUUGCACCAACUCAUGGAAUAGACACAGCUCACGCCUCACAGUCCAGCACGAUAAACUCAAGAGUGAAGCAAAACUCAAGCAAACUUGGACAUGGUUCCGAUACAAUUUCAUUCUUUCUUCCAACACGCAAGCAGGCCGACAGAUACACAGACUGCUUCUGGCAAUUUGUCCACCCUAUUGCUCCCAUACUUCACAAGACAUCUUUCAUAUCAUUGUACCUGUCUAUUUGGCUACCUCUGAAGCAGCAAAACAGAGAUGUUCACUCAGCUACCGAAGACCUAACAUUCCUGUCCACUUUGAGCAUAAUGUUUGCAAUCGGAUGCCAAUACGACGAGAGUAUCGAACCAAGUCGCAAAGCAGUAUUAGCAGAACGUUUCUAUCAUCAAUCUCGGAGUUUGAUUAUGGUAGAUGAGUUGGACUCGGUGUCUCUUCUUACUGUGCAACUUCUCUUGCUUACCGGAAUAUACCUGCUUAAUUCAAAGUAUACCAAUCGCUGUUGGAACAUCAUUGGCUUGGCAAUCAGAAACGCCCAAACCUUGUGCCUGCACGAGGAUAACAACAAACAAGGAAAUCAGAUUCGAAGAGAAACUAGACGCAGGGUGUGGUAUUAUUGUGUUUAUCUUGACAGAUUAGUCGCUAUGAUCUUCGGGAGACCACACAUGAUAUCUUCUUCAACGAGAGUACCACUACCUAUCUUGAUGGAUGAUGAGUACCUCCUCUCAGAUGGUGAAGGACGUCAACCGGUCAAUACUGUCUCGUAUCUGGGUCUCUUCCUCUGGUCACUCAAGCUCUUCGAUAUCAUGAGCGAAGUGCUCGCAUUAUCCAAUCGACAGAAAGAAGAUGCCACUCAAAGCAACGAAGCCGGAAUACCAUGGUGGCGUUCUCAUCUCCUGGACGAUAUCCUGAAGAUAGAUCGGACACUGGACCAUUUUCUGGAAACUCUCCCAAGCCACCUCCGACCCCAACAAAUUAGUGGAGAAAAUCGGACUGAUGACAGAGACAACAUGCAAUGGAGACAAGCUAAAAUUCUGCAAUGCAGACGCCUCUACGUACGAGCACUACUCCUGAGACCCGUUCUCCUAUCCGCAGCUCAAGCCCACAAAUCCAACCCCUUUCACCCAGCAACAUCGAGCAACGAACUCGGCGAGCGUGUAGCAACCCAGGUCUGCAUAAAAUGCAUUGAAACUGUCCACGAGCUCGUGACCGCCAUCUACAGCUCCCUACACGUCAACUACCAAUCCCCAGAAUGGGUAACGCACUAUACAUUUUCCUGUGCAAUGGUGCUUGCAGCAGCUCGCAUAUGCUCGUUCACCGACCUAGAUGCACUUCAACUCUCUUGGUCAAGAUGUAUUGCGAUAUUGUUGCACUACAAAGAGCAUAUCCCUUCUGCGCCUUAUGCUGUACAGGUCCUUGAGACGCUGCAGCAGAGAGGUGUUUCAAGGACUGCUAACGAUGAUGAAGUGGGGUUGGAUGCACCUGAAUUAAAUGAAUUUGGUGGAAUUGAAGACUUCAACGUCGAUUGGUCGUAUCCACUACCCGAUGACCUUGGAGAGUUUGAUUUCAAUUGGAUGGGUCAUGCAUAGCGCUGUAUGUCACUAGAAUACACGUCUUCACCAGAAAGAACAAAGAACGACUGAAUAAAAUUAAAC